UUGAAAUUUUUCCAGCUUUGUUAUUUGAACAAGAUGCAAUGUGAGAUCGCUUUUGGGAUGUUUCGGUGUACUUUAUAGACUGUUCAUUAUUGCUGGAUUACUGCAACAAAGAGCUGCGAGAAUAAAAGAUGUUGCCGCACGUUUUGCUUUCGCGGCAGUGAGCAAAUGUGAUUCGCUUGCAACCAUUUGGUGUUUUGUCCAUGGAGGAGUUUCGACACACGUUUCUGCGGAUACUGAAGGAACAAAUAUGAGCACACUUAACUAUCUGAAGUGGUCGACAGAAGAACGCCGCUAGACGGUGGGCAUGGAACAAGGGGAGUUGUUUGUCUCAAUCAAACAUUAUGGAUUAUGGACCAACAAAUGGAAUCCCUUGACCCAAUAAAUUAACUUUUAAGCUGCUGGAUGUUGGCACAUCAAGGAAUGGCAAACUCUGGCAAAUCUGCAGUCAUUCUACGGCUGCAAAUAUUGAUUUUGUCCAUCGGUUGUGCGUUGAUAUGUUAUAGUAGUUUAUCCACCGCAUCACCGGCACACAACCAGCGUUUGAUAUGCUGGCAAGCCAUCAUGAAGUGCCAAGGAGAACCGGAGUGUCACUACGCGUAUACUCAGUAUCUCCACGCGUGCGGUUCGGUGAUAAACGGCAACAGGAAGAAAUGUCCCAGCCACUGCAUUUCUUCCAUCAUUCAGCUCAAUCUGACUGUGAACGGCCCGGCGCUGGAGGACUGCGAGUGCGCCUCGGACACUCUAUGCAAGAUGACCAAGCGAGCCAUUGAGCCCUGUAUGCCCAGAACGAGCCACAUGGGCUGCACCGAAGCUCGUAAGCAGUGUGAGAAGGAUCCCGAGUGCAGCACCGCCAUGCGGGACUAUCUGUUCCACUGCAGGAAACUGUUCGGAGGAGAGCGCUGUUCGGACGACUGCCGGCGGGUCAUCACGAACAUGCGCUCCAUUCCCAAAGCCCAACAGCUGGACACUUGCGUGUGCGACGGCACAGAGAGGACCAUAUGCGAGUAUGUCAAAGGCAGCAUGAAAAACUUCUGCUUUAACGACCGAUACGGCGGGAGUGGGUUUUCAGAUACCGAGGACGACUUGGAGGACGACUACGAGACGGAUUAUGAGGACGAGGAAAGUGAUGCCUGGGAUUUAAGAGCACAAAAGGGUUCGAUUGUGAUGUCCACCAUUUUGACAUUUUUUUCUCUUGACUUAAUAAGAUGAAGCGUGUUUUCAGUAUUCACUGGUUAACUGCAUAUUUGACUUGGGUGGAAAUAAAGGGGGACAAUUCGGACUCCCCCAAAUUAAGCCUUAACACCCCCGACCGACAUGGAAGUAAAAACAAAAGACGGGUGUGGAGAGGGUUAGGCUACGCGAAGGUGCAUACGUUAUAUACAUCUUCGACGUUUCAGUAACCGCAAAAGUACAAUAAGUUAGGCUAUUAAGACACUUGUGAAGUUGUUUUGACACAAGGUUACCCGGGUCAACAGUACACUACGUGAUCACUUUCCGGCGGUUCAAGUAGCCUAUUACCUAGUCUAUAACUUUAUUGUAGAUCUACACACAAAAAUAGGACAAGACCUAUUGUGUUUUGUCUAGUUGAAUGUGCAGAUGCAUAUUGAGACGUGUUGCAACGACGAAUUUCAUAUUGUAAAUUAAUGACAGAAAAAUGUAAAUGAAUGACAAAAGUUGUCCCCCUGAAAUAGUAAUUGAAUAAUUCACACAUUGUAUUUGGUCCUAUUAGCUACCCUAAUUUCAACAGGGCCUUGAGGCAUGUUUAUGUCAUCGUUUUCGUUGUUUUGUUGAGUUGGGACUUGGCUAGAAAUCCCUGUUUUCUUUACAUUUGCUUAGGCGCCUAAAAUGUACAAGGUACAAGAGAGCAAGAGAGAAAGAGCCCAUUGGAUAAAAACCAAGAAGAAAAUGUGAGAAGAAGGAAACCAGAAUCCCAUAGUGAAAGGCUGUUUUUCAAAACCUAGUUGAGCUGCCAAAAUCUGCACACCAUGAAAAGGAGUAGCCUGAUUUGUCUUUGAUGUAGAGAAACUAUGUUGGAAAUAUUUGCUUCAUUAUAUAUUAAGUUAUUAUGAGCUAUUGUGGAAACUAUUCAAAGAGAUGAAUAAAUACUGUAAGUUUAUUUUUGUAUGAAAGAUUGGGUAGUGUAAACAAUGAUUAUUGUAAAUGUGUAUAAUGUUUCUGUAUCAUAUAACUGUGUGAAUAAUGUUGAUAAACAAUACCAUGUAAUACUGUUUAUAAUGUUCAUAAAGACUGGCUUCAAAUUA